UACCUGAUAUGUCGUACGUGUGAAGUGACGUAUCUACCGGUAGUUUUGUAAGCGAAGGCAACUCGUCGCGAACGUUUAAAGAUUUUUUAAGAACAAAUUUCAACUCUUAACACGAAAGUGCUGAUAAUUUUUAUGAAAGUGUAAUUUUGUUUAGCGGAAAAAUACGAAAAAUUAAGCGUGUGUUUUUGAAAUCUAUAAAUGUUAAUUAUUUAUAUGAAUUUAUGAAAUUUGUAAAGCAAAUAAUUUCAACGAAAUUUCCAAGCCAAUUUUUGAGUGGAAAAUAAUUGAAUGUUUUAUUGUGUGUUAUUUUUGACUACAAGCGACGUGUUAGUAAAUAAUUUUAUGCUACAAAUUUAUAAAUAACUGCAACGCAUUGUUGUUUGUGGUGUCUAAACUGUGCGUGGCUCUGUAAUGCAGCACAAAUAGCGUAAUGCCCGAAUUCUUUAAGUUCAAUGAAACAGAUAUUUAUUUCGUGUGCAUUUUAUCAGUUUGAGAUAUAAAAAGUAAGCGCGCUAAAGCUGACAGCUUUUUUUCACCACUCUGUGUAUGCGCAACAAAGCUGCGACGAUUUGACGUGUGUUGUUGUGUUAUAUAUUUUUUUGCUUUUAUCAGCGAGCGCGUGUAAUUGACAACAACAAAAAACGUAUGUUAAUUAUAAAUUGAACGAAUGUGUAUAGAAAAUGUACAUAAAUAAAUAGUAAAAAAAAUAUAUUUACGAUUGAGUUCAUAUUACAAAACAAAUACGCGAGCUAACGGCAUAUUUGACAUUGCGUUGAGUAGGAAAUAUGCUUGUGGCUUAUGACUAAACGCAAAUUGCAAGCAACAUAUGGAGCAAAAGUAAAAUCCAGCAGCAAAAUACCACACUACCGUUAAAUAAACCGAACACCACCGAACCGAUCGGGCAGGCACGAGUUCCAACUACACUUGGAUUAAAUUUCACCUGAUUUGUAUCGUCACCUUUCGCCUAUAAUUAAACUCAACGUGAUCACGCGCUCACACUACGCUACGUAGCGCAUUAACCAAAUUGCAAUACGCAGAAAACAACAACAACAAAUAAAGAAUUAAAAACAAAAAAUUCUCACUGACAUCCUUUGGCGCACAUCCAUCACAGCCGCCAACUCCACAAAUCCGCUUAAGAGCUGUGAAAUAAGUGCGGCGUAACAGCAACGAGUAGACGGCAGCCGACAGACAGUAAGCUGCAGGCGAGAAGUUGUGCAAAAAAAUACGAAAACCAAAACAACAACAGCAAGGAGUUGAAGGAGCUACGGGGCUCGUAGGCGCAUAACAGAUUCGCGCAAAAGACCCAUAAUUUUAGUGACGCCACACAAUCGUCGACCUUCCGACGUCGCGCCUCCUCAUACGCCGGCAACGCCAAACUCAUCAUCAGCAUCUCCGGCAACAAGAGCAACAGCACCGCCACCGCAGCCACUUGAAGCCGGCGACCUUUUCGUUAGCCGCUUAUAAGCGUGUGCACCUUUUGUGAGGUUACCCUGUGUCUUUUUUGUUAUAACUGAUCUUCGGACGUACGUACGCUCGCCAAACGAGAAUACGAGUACAAGAGCCAGCAUCAGCGUUGUCGCCAGCCUGAUUUCAGUUGUUUUUGUUGUUGUUAGUGUUGCAGUUAUUGCUGUGAUUAUUAUUGUGUGCUGCGCGCGGCCGCCUAUUGUUGAUCACUUUAAGCUGUCGUUCGUUAAAAAUUAUUGUUGUUGUUAUUGUGCUUGCCUUUGGAUUCCCUCAACUUGAGCGUAGCGAACCUUGGCCGAUCGCACGGCCAUACAGCAAUACAUACAGACAGACAGACAUUUAUUUAUGAGCGCAGCUCUCGUAUUUUAAACGGUGGCGACGAUCUUCCGCGCUGCACGCCUGUAACUAUUCUACAAAACAACAACAUACGCACACACACAUAAGUGUUAUUGCCAUGCUUCAGCAGUAGUUGUUGUUGUAUUUGGUGUUUUGGACAUUCGUUCUGUGAAGGUGCAGCAGCCGCUUGGCAGUUAAAAAACAAAAAAAGACGAAAACAAAGCGUGGCAGAAGAACAGCAGAAAGACAAAAAAGAAUUAGAGAGGUCUGUGGACCCAUUAAUGUUGUUGUUGUUGUUGCGUAGUCUUCAUAAAAGAUUUUAAAGGCCAGCUUGUUGUAGAGCCUGUUGCAGGCGAUCACAGCAAAGCCAAAAGGAAGCGAAAACAGCCGAAAGGAGAAAGAGAACGAGAACGAGCAGCAGCCACAGUCGCAGUCACAGUCGACAGUAAUGGCGCCGAAAUCCAGAAAGAAGAAGGCACAUGCCCGCACACUGAGUUGUUAUUGCGAUGGCAGUUGUCCCGAUAAUGUUAUAAAUGGCACAUGUGAGACACGUCCCGGUGGUUCCUGCUUCAGCGCAGUCGAAGAAGUCUACGAUGAGAUCACAGGCACAUACGAGGAGGAGCGAACAUAUGGUUGCAUGCCGCCAGAAGAGAAUGGCGGGCUGUUAAUGUGCAAAGUUGCCGCUGUUCCCCACCUGCAUGGCAAGAAUAUCGUCUGUUGUGAUUCGGGCGAUUUCUGUAAUCGCAACAUUCACCCCGAAUACACACCGAAGAGCACCACCACCCCGCCCGAAUUGCCAGUAAGCUCACAAUCCAUACAUUACCUGCUCAUGCUGACCUCACUGACUGUCUGCCUGACGAUAUUUGUGGUCGUCCUGCUGAUAUUCUGUGUAAUGUAUAGACGUCGCGAGAAGCAAGGCAAACAGCCGCGUCUCAUCAGCUCUAUGUGUAACAGUCAAAUAUCACCGCUUUCGCAAUUGGUCGGACAGAGUACGGGUUCGGGUUCAGGUUUGCCACUGCUGGUGCAACGCACUAUCGCUAAGCAAAUACAAAUCGUACGCACUGUGGGUAAAGGACGUUAUGGCGAAGUGUUUCUGGCUAAGUGGCGUGAUGAGCGUGUCGCUGUCAAGAUCUUCUUCAUGACCGAAGAGUCUUCGUGGUUCCGUGAAACUGAAAUCUAUCAAACUGUGCUUAUCCGACACGAGAAUAUACUCGGUUUCAUUGCGGCCGACAUCAAGCACAUGGGCAGUCAUACACAAAUGAUGCUCAUCACCGAUUUCCACGAGAAUGGCAGCCUUCAUGAUUAUCUCUGCACAUCGGUGAUUACACCGCAAAAACUGCAAUUGUUGGCCUACUCACUCGCCUCGGGUUUGGCACAUUUGCACGACGAAAUCGUCGGUACACCCGGCAAACCGGCUAUAGCGCAUCGCGAUAUCAAAAGCAAUAAUAUACUUGUAAAGCGUAAUGGUCAAUGUGCAAUUGCCGAUUUCGGGCUGGCCGUUAAAUACACCUCGGAAAUGGAUGAAAUACAAAUCGCACAAAAUUCACGUGUCAGUACGCCACGCUACAUGGCUCCGGAAAUGCUCAAUCAGACAUUGAACCAACAACAAUUUGAGGAAUUCAAACGCGCCGAUAUGUACUCGGUUGGUUUGGUAUUGUGGGAGAUGUCCCGACGUUGUUACACACAAGUGCCCGGUUCAAAUACGACCACGUGUGAAGAUUAUGCAUUGCCCUAUCACGAUGUGGUGCCAGCUGAUCCCACAUUCGAGGACAUGCACGAUGUGGUUUGCAUUAAGGGCUUCCGACCGCCAGUGCCGUUGCGUUGGCAGGAUGACGAUGUUUUGGCGACCAUGUCGAAGAUCAUGCAAGAAUGCUGGCAUCCGAACCCGACGGUGCGUCUGACGGCGUUACGUGUAAAAAAGACACUCGGUCGUCUGGAGUAGGCUUGACUUUAGUCGAUCAAUCAAUAGCGUUACGCCGCAGCAGCGUGUAAAAUAUGCGCAAAGCGGGCGAUCGCAAUAGCCAUGCUACUAAAGUUGCGUGACAGUUUUACUUUUAAGUGAUUGCUUUUUUUAAGUUUUAAUAUUAAGCUUAAUUUUAAUUGUGCGUAAAUAAUUUUAAUACUAAUUUUUUUUAAUCAAAUUACUUUUAAGCUUUUAAAUUUACUCUCAAUAUGUAAUUGUUUAUAUGAGAAACGCUUUGUAAAUUUUCAAUAGCAUUGUAAUGUUUUCGUUGGCAAUAAUUUUAUCCUAGCAUAAGUUUUAGUUUACUUUUUCUUAAGUGAGAAUGUGCGAAGUGGAGUGUAGGCAGCUUUUCCGUACUGAAAUAAGCUCUAAGAGCUGCAAGAAUAAUAAUUUUUUGUAAAACAGCUUGCGACUUUUCAAAAAGGUUUAGCUAAGUUUUUUUUUUAUUUUGGAGAAUGUUAAUUUUUUUAUAAAAAUGUUAAUAUUUGUAACAGUUUAAUUUCUACACCGCAUUAACGCUAAAAACUUGUCAAAAAAAUGUCUAAUUGAAAUUAAAUAUUGCAAUCUAUCACUUCUAAUAUCAAUUAAUUUUGCAUGUGCCUCUAAACGCUUUGUUAUGUUUACUUGACACUGAAAACUUAUCGAUAACGUUAAAUCACUAUUCGCUUUUUUACUGCGUAGUUUAUUAAAAGUACAUUAAUUUUUUUUACUAUUUCUGUUCUAAAUAUUUGAUUUUUUAUACGGUGGCCAUUUGAAAGCCUAAUCUCCAUUGUUUUUUUUAGAGACACAAUUUUUUAUGUUUUAUAAAUAUUACUAUACGGAAAACGUGUUUCUAACGCAAUUUCUAUUAGAUUAUGAAAUGAAAUUUGAACUACUUUAAUUAAUGUUGCCAAAAUUUGUUACUUUCAUGUUUAUUGCGUAUUGAAUUUUGUUUGGUUUCACUAUUUUCUUUUUAAAACGUAUAAAAUUGCAAGUAUGUUGCAGUAUAUGUAUUAAAACGCUUAAAUAUUAGAAAUUUGGCCUUAAAAUGGUUGUUAUUGCCUUAAAAUAGCUUUGUUACAGCAUAAACUAUACAAACUACAUAUUACUUAUAAAAAAUAAACUAGUUAGUAAAAUUUGUAACUAAUUGUCAGUGGAGUCUUUAUAAGCGAAAAAUGUGCCAGCAAUUAAUUAGUAAACAGUUUAAACAAAGUAAUAAAUAAAAUUAAAAGCAAGUUUUGUGCUAAAAAUGCACUAACAUACUUCUUGAAACAAUUGCCUUAAAGUUUUUGAGAUUUAAAGAAUGUCCGCCAAGUGUCACCUUAAAAGUGUAAUAAAAAUAAAUAAAAAAAAAGUUGAAAUUUAAAGUGAGAAAAUAAUAAAUCAAGUAAUAUAAAAAUAAAAAUCAAAAUCCUAACAGCUUCAAAAAUUUGGAAUAAAACGAAAUAUAAGAAUGCAGUUAAUAAAUUAUAACAUAUUAUUGUUCAAAAAACAAAAAAUUCACUGAAAAAAUAUAAAAAAACUUAACAUUAAUUAAACCAACAUCGAAUAUUGAAGAGCAAAUUGAGAACAAUUUUUAAAAACAGCAAAAUAUUCAAAAAGUAUCGAAUAUAAAAAAUCCGAGCGAAAACUUAUAAAAAGCAAAAAUAUAAAAUAUUCAAAAUUCUAACCGGAUGAUCUGCUUUAUUUUGCAUAAACAUUUUUCAUACGAAGCAAACUAUAAAAACGGAAUAAUAAAUAAAUAUAAACGUGAAAGAAACUAAACUAACUUCCAGACACAAUUUGUUUUAUCAAAAGCUGUUUUUUCUAAAAUUUACGAAAACUUGGUUUUUAACUUAUUCAUACACAAGAGUUGCAAAAUUUUCAUAUUUUAAUAAAUUACACAAAUUUGUUAAUGUAACAAAAAUGUUUGUAUAGCAAAAAAAAAAAAACACAAACGCAAGAAGAAAACAACCUUGGGAGUUUUAGACACCAAAAGUGACUUUAAGCUUCGACAUAGCCUUUGUCUAAAUGAAAUGAUUUCAAACUCAAGUUUUCGUACACAAGAAAGAGUGGGCGCUCAGCUCACUUGCCAUGAAUAACGAUAAAAUUAUUUUAAACUUCACUGCAAGCUUGCUUCAUUUAAUUUCUUUCCGUGCUGUAAAUAGUUUUUUAUUUAAAAUAAUUAAAAAAAAAAUAUAAAAAUAAUCUUAAAAAUACGUAUAAAAUAUAUAGCUUGUAGUAAAUACUGUAAAAUAAGUUUUCAAAAAUUGUUCUAACUGAUAUUGUUUGUUGUUUUGUUGUACUAAAGACGCUUUGUAACACUUACAGUGCUUUACUGCUGCUGCAAAAAAAUAUAUUAACUACAAUGAAUUAAACUAAUCAACAAUCAACGUAAAUAUUUUAUUGUAAAACUUUGUAAAUAUGGGUUUUCUAGUUGUGUAGUACAAGAAGAAUUCGAAAAAAAUUAUUUUACAAUGUAAAAGAUAAAAAAAUUGCAGCUAGUAAGUUAUAUAAAAAUGAAAUUCAAUAAAAAAUAACAAAAAAUAUACUAUUUGCAUAUAAGCAAACUUUAUUUGUAUGUAUGAACAUAUUAAAACCAUAUAAAAUUUUACGUUUAACAUAAAAAAUAUAA